ACAGAUGCCAGCGAAAAUUUCUCGCAACUGGCGCCAGUUCUGUGUAAUACCGCUCUGAAUCUGCUGCGAUUCAUCGGAAAAUACAUUCGAAUGACAUAUAUGUUGCAGUCAGUUGCUGAUCAAGCUGUCAGCAAUAUAUUGGAGCUGUGCAACUUCUUUUUCUUCACUGUGCACUCGUUCUUCACUGCAGAUGCCGAACGUGUUGCUGGUGUAUUUUUCUCGCCCCAUUUGAAAAGUGUUCUGGAUAGUCUCGAAAACAAAUUGUUCAGGGAAGAUUCGUCUUCGGAAGGUAGAGUGGAAUUUAAUCCAUGUACAUUAUCCGGGGCGGUGCAGCUGGAUGCAGAGCCGGAUUAUGCCCUACCGGAACGUAUUGUUGGUGCGGAAUCAAUAAAUUUUAUUUCUAAGCAGCUGGAUCUCAUUCGACCAGUUUUUGAAUCGUUGAUCAGCGAGAAGGCCUAUGCCGAAGUGGAGAAAUACUAUACAGAGGUAUAUUUUUAUUCGCUUAACUGCAGCCCUCUUCUGUCGAUACUUACACAGGUUCUUUCUGUGGUACCGCAAAUAAGGGAGUGUAUUUAUGGUUCAGUUGCUAGCCGCUUGUUGAAUUAUGAGCGCAUUGUUAUGGAUGUGGAAGGCACAAAAUGGGAUAUCAAUGAGCUGCAGUCACAGCACAGUGCCUAUGUCGAUAAUCUAUUAAAAGAGUUGAUAGCAUUAAAGCAUAGGCUGAGCAAGAUCAACGAAAAUAUACCGAUCACAAAACCCGUUCAGAGGAUUUUUUGGAGUACCGUCAUCUACUGUUUAUUCAAAGCUCUUGUUCAAGGCUAUGGUGAAUGUGGUAAAAGAUGCUCAAAUGAGGGGCGCGCUUUGAUGCAGCUCGAUUUCCAGCAGUUGCUUGUCAAAUUGGAGCAAAUCGUUGAAUUUUCACCUAUUCCACACAGGGCAUAUGUAGAGAACUACAUCAAAGCCUAUUAUCUGCCUGAAAGCUCAAUGGAAACAUGGAUACAGCAGCACAGUGAAUACACAACGAAUCAGAUAGUUACACUGCUCAAUGUGGCAACGCAUGUUUCGAAGAAAGCGCGAACACGGAUUAUCAAUGCCCUCGAUGAUUAG